AUGGAACAAAUUGUCCAUUUCAAUGCUUACUUCAAACAAAAACUUGAUGCCACUGGAAAGCUUGGUUUCUCACCACAAGUGAAAAUGACAGCUACCAUGCGUAUGCUUGCAUAUGGUACGGCAGCUGACUUCAAUGAUGAUUACCUUAAGAUAGCAGAGACCACAUCCUUUGAAGCAUGCAAGAGAUUCUGUCAUGCAGUCAACAACUUAUACGAAACUGAAUAUCUUCAUAAACCAAAGAGGGCGGACCUACAAAAAUUGAUCCAAAAAGCUGAGGAACGGGGGUUUCCUGACAUGCUAGGAAGCCUUGACUGCAUGCAUUGGGAGUGGAAAAACUGCCUAAUGUCACACCAUGGGGCAUACACGGGCCACCAUGGUCGUCCAACCAUAAUCCUUGAAGCGGUUGCUUCUUACGACACAUGGAUUUGGCACGCCAACUUCAGAAUGCCGGGAGGACGACAACAUCAAUUAUUCUUUAGGAUGAAAGAGGCGUAUCAUAAGGAUGCGGAGAAAGCUUUUGGAAAUUUUCAAGCUCAUUUUGCAGAUGUCCCGAGGCCUGCCCGCCAAUGGUACGGAGAAGACAUUUUGGAGGUACUAAAAACUUGCAUAAUUCUUCAUAAUAUGAUUAUUGAAGAUGAGCGUGACCAAGACGGCAUAACUCCUGCUAAGGACACACCAUAUCAUGUGGAAGAGGCUCUGGUACCGCAUGAACGUGGAUCACGCAAUAUACAAUUAGAAUCUAUUAAUUAA